AUGGAAGCAGAACUUCAGACAUACGAGUAUCAACUCGGCCAAGUAUCCGAGGCACUGCAAGCAGAUCCUGCAAACGAGGAGCUCACAACCCUCAAGGCAGAGCUCGAGAAUCUCAUUUCUCUCACUCGCUCCCUCAUCGGAGAUCAAGGAGAGACUUCUGCGGCUGGCGGAUCUUCAACAGCUGGGUCCAACAAACCAGCUGCUGCUGAUGCCUCUCGUCCGGUCGAAGGCGACACUAAGACUGCUACAGCUCAGAGUGGAGCUGGUGGAGAGAACAAGAAGGCGGCUCUGAGCGCAGGAGAUGACUGUCUAGCCAAGUAUAAGGCCGACAAUCGCUACUAUCCUGCCAGGAUCACAUCCGUAGGAGGGUCGAAAGAUGAUCCUGUCUACUCCAUCGUAUUCAGAGGGUAUAACAACUCAGAGAUGGUCCGGUCUUGGGAAAUCAAGCCGCUUAAAACUUCAUCCUCCCACCAUACCGCUUCCUCUUCCUCCUCCUCCUCCCCUCACGCCUCCUCGAGUCCACACUCGACUCCCGGCCCUUCUUCCUCUCCGCACCCGCCCAGCGGCGAACGCAAGCGGCCAUCACAUCCAGCCUUGACGCCUGAAGAAGAGGCAGAGCGUGAGAGGAAAAAGAAGCGUAGCGAAAAGAAGUCGGAGAGGCAUGAGACCAAGACGCAGGUGGCCCAGGAAAAGGCAAGCAGUUGGCAGAAGUUUGCAAGUAAGAAGAAGGUGGCAAAGAAGACGGGUGGGCAGGGAUCCAUGUUCAGGACACCUGAAGAUCCUCUGGCAAAGGUUGGAGUAGUGGGAGCAGGCAAAGGAAUGACCGCAUACCAAGACCGGAGCAAGCACGUCUACGAUUCUUAGGCCGGAUCAGUGAAGAGCGAUUCAUGACGCGACUUGUCUGCGCCUGACUCUGACCACUACAUCUAUGCCCUUCGACUUUCAGAAGCUAGUGACUACCAGCGGGUCCUUACACCACCGACGACACCGUCGUUCCACUGGCACCAGCCAGAGAUAGCGCGAGGGUAACAGUAGGAUAUGUCAAGCACUUGUCAUUGACCUUGGUCAGAGUACUGACGGAAU